AUGGCUUCUACGAGUCUCUCAUCCUCAUGGGCAUCGUCUCUGUGGUUUCAAAAUCGCAGCUUCUCAAACAAUGCGAGCUCAGAGACAUUGAGAGGUUCUGUUAGAGUCCCACUUUUGACUGUUGUUGCUCAAAAGAAAGUCAAGAAAUUUCACAAGGUUAUAUUGAAGGAGGACGUGUCGAAAUUGGGGAAAAAGGGGCAGCUGACGAAGGUGAGAGCUGGAUAUCUUAGGAAUUAUCUGCUGCCGAUGGGCAUGGCCCAAAUCGUGACUCCUCAACUUAUUAAGGAAAUGAAGAUGGAGGAGGAGAGAAUUGAGGCAGAGAAAAGACGUGUGAAAGAAGAGGCACAACAGCUUGCUCGGGUUUUCCAGACAGUUGGAGCUUUCAAGGUGAAGCGAAAGGGUGGGAAGGGAAAACAAAUUUUUGGAAGUGUCACAGUUCAAGAUCUUGUUGACAUAAUCAAGGCCCAGCUCCAGAGGGAUGUGGACAAAAGACUUGUUACACUUCCUGAUAUUAGAGAAGUCGGGGAAUAUGUUGCAGAGAUAAAGCUCCAUCCAGAAGUUACAGCUCGAGUGAGGUUGACCGUGUAUGCUAACUGA